UCCCCAGACCCUGCAUUCACUAUAUCUGGUCUCCCCGGACCCUGCAUUCACUAUAUCCGGUCUCUCCGGACCCUGCAUUCACUAUAUCCGGUCUCCCCAGACCCUGCAUUCACUAUAUCUGGUCUCCCCGGACCCUGCAUUCACUAUAUCCGGUCUCCGCGGACCCUGCAUCCACUAUAUCUGGUCACCCCGGACCCUGCAUUCACUAUAUCUGGUCUCUCCGGACCCUGCAUUCACUAUAUCUGGUCUCUCCGGACCCUGCAUUCACUAUAUCCGGUCUCUCCGGACCCUGCAUUCACUAUAUCUGGUCUCCCCGGACCCUGCAUUCACUAUAUCUGGUCUCCCCAGACCCUGCAUUCACUAUAUUUGGUCUCCCCGACCCUGCAUUCACUAUACCCUGCAUUCACUAUGUAUGGUUUCCCCGGACCCUGCAUUCACUACAUCUGGUCUCCCCAGACCCUGCAUUCACUAUAUCUG